AUGACUUUAGUGAAAUCAUGCAAGGAAAAUGUACAUUGGAUGAGGAAUAAUGGGUUUGAUGUAUUGGUUGAUGAAGUAUCUUUAUUUUGUGACAAACAUCAUAUUGAUGUUCCUAAUAUGAAUGAGGCAUUCGUACUUCUAGGGAGAUCAAGACGUAAUGCUCCAAUAAAGACAAAUCGUCAACAUUAUCGUGUGGAGCUCUUUAUUUAUGUCAUUGAUGAGCAACUUACGGAGUUAGAUGAUCGUUUUAAUGAGGUAAAUAUUGAGUUGCUUAUUUGUUUGGCAUGUUUGAGUCCGAGUGAUUCAUUUGUAGCUUUUGAUAAACAAAAGCUACUUCGUCUUGCUCAAUUUUAUCCUCAAGACUUUUCGGAUGGGGAUCUUUUGGCACUUGAAGAUCAACUUGAGCUUUAUAUUCAUUAUGUGUGUUCGAGUAGUGAUUUCUCUGAAUUGCAAGAGAUUGGUGGUCUUGCAAAAACAUUGGUGAAGACAAGGAUGCAUCGAGCAUUCAAUUAUGUGUAUUUGCUUAUUACGUUGGCUUUAGUUUUAUUGCUUGCAACUGCUUCAGUCGAGAGGGCAUUUUCAGUCAUGAAUAUUAUCAAGGGUCCACUUCAGAACAAAAUGGGAUAUCAAUGGUUGAGUGAUAGUUUACUUAUUUACGUUGAGAAGGAUGUUUUUGAUUAUAUUGAAAAUGAAGCUAUAAUGCUACGUUUUCAAAAUAUGAAACUUUGUUGUGGCCAUUUGUGA